ACAGGAAGGUCACACCAUCCCCCACCAUCAUCAGGGUGAAGAACCGAAAGAUAUAAAAGCCGAGGUGAAGAAGGAAGAAGAUGAGACGUAUGUGAUGGGGAAUCAGCAAUGUAUGAAGGAGGACGAGGUUAUGAAUCCCAAUAAAGAGGAGGAAUCUUCUCUGUAUAUCAGCUCAAAUGGACAGUAUUUUUCGAACAGCAAUACAUAUGAGAGUCAUCUUACUACAUCUCCAGGUUGCACUGCAGAAGACAUCACAGAAUCUCCUACAAAAGUAACAUUUUACUGGAUGGUAAAACCAUUGAAUUGUUCUAAUCCUGAGGAAUCUUCUGAUAAAUCCCAUACUAUGACCUCAGAUCUUCAUCUAAGAUCAAUGGGCCCUUCCAAUCCUGAGGAAUCUUCUAAUAAAUCCCAUACUAUGACCUCAGAGCUUCAUCUAAGAUCAAUGGGCCCUUCCAAUCCUAAGGAAUCUUCUGAUAAAUCCCAUACUAUGACCUCAGAGCUUCAUCUAAGAUCAAUGGGCCUUUCUAAUCCUAAGGAAUCUUCUCAUAAAUCCCAUACUAUGACUUCAGAUGUCCAUCUAAGUUCUCACAGUGCUGCUAGAUCAACAGAUCCAUCCGAUCCCCAGAAACCGUCUUCAACCCAUGAGGAAGCUCACAUAGGAGGGAGCACAUUGCCAUGUUUAGUAUGUGGGAAAUCAUUCACUAGGAAAACCGCACUUGCUAACCACCUGAAAUCUCACAAGGCUGAGCGUCCUUAUUCAUGUUCGGAGUGCGGAAAAUGUUUCCCUAAGAAACAAAGGCUUCUUAAACACCAGAGAGGUCACUCAGGUGAGCGUCCCUUUUCCUGUUCAGAGUGCGGAAAAUGUUUUAAUGAGAAACACAUCCUUCUUACACACCAGAGAAGUCACACAGGGGAGCGUCCCUUUUCCUGUUCAGUAUGCGGAAAAUGUUUUUCUAAUAAAGGAUGCCUUCAUAAACACGAGAGAAUUCAUUCGGGUAACCGUAGCUUUUCCUGUUCAGAGUGCGGAAAAUGUUUUUCUAACCAAGGAUCCUUCCGCGAUCACCAGAGAAUUCAUGGUGACAAUCCCUUUUCCUGUCCGGAGUGCGGAAAAGUUUUUUCCAAGAAAGAAAACCUUGUUAUACACCAGAGGAUUCACACUGGUGAGCGUCCCUUUUGCUGUUUAGAGUGCGGAAAAUGUUUUUCUGAAAAAGGAACCCUUCGUAAACACCAGAGAACUCACACGGGUGAGCGUCUCUUUCACUGUUCAGAGUGCGGGAAAUCUCUUUCUAGUAAAGGAAACCUUCGUACGCACCAGAGAAUUCAUACAGGCGAGCGUCCCUUUUCCUGUGUAGAGUGCGGAAAAUGUUUUUCGGACCAAGGAUACCUUCUUAAACACCAGAGAGUUCAUACAGGUGAGCGCCCCUUUUCUUGUUUGAAGUGCGGAAAAAAGUAUUGUGACCAGACAAACCUUCGGAGACACCAAAAAAAAGGAUGCUGCUGACAGUCCACAUUUAUGUUCGAAGUGUGGAAAAUAUAUUUCCAAGAAAAAUCCCAUCUUAUACACCAAAGAGUUCCCUCAGGUGAGCAUUCUUUUAUCGUGCGGAAAAUGUUUAUAGAACACCUGGAGGAUGAAAAAAAUGAGUUUAUAAUGGGGUACAUCCUGCCAAAAGUCCUGAUUUUAUUAAUGUGUGGAGCUUAUUAGGCUGAGUCUUCGUUUCUCGAAAAAAAAAAACACCUAAAAAGACACAGCUCAGAGCAUCCGAACAACGUUCAAACUGUGAUAAAUGUACAGAUCACAUAAGUCUAAUCGGAGAGAGAAGACACCUGCUGACACCUGGAGGAUAAAAAAUUAGUUUAUAAUGGGGUACAUCCUGGCAAAAGUCCUGUUUUUAUUCAUAGGUGGAGCUUAUUAGGCACGGGUCUUCUGUUGGCUUCUUCUGUUUCUCGAAAACUCCUGAAAAGACACAGCUCAGAACAUCAGAUCAGCGUUCAAACUGUGAUAAAUGUUGUACAGAUCACAUAAGUCUAAUCAGAGAGAGAAGACGCCUGCUGACACGUUUCGUCAAAUGUACGAUGGCUUUUAUUGGGUGGAACUGUUUAGUCCAUAGAACACUUGGAGGAUAAAAAAUUUGUUUAUAAUGGGGGACAUCCUGGCAAAAGUCCUGUUUUUAUUCAUAGGUGGAGCUUGUUAGGCACGGGUCUUCUGUUGGCUUCUUCUGUUUCUCGAAAACCCCUGAAAAGACACAGCUCUGAGCAUCUGAACGACUUUCAGACUGUGAUAGAUGUUGUACAGAUCACAUAAGUCUAAUCGGAGAAAAGACGUCUUCUGGUGCUUUUCGACAAAUUACGACGGCUUUUAUCGGGUUUAUAAUGGGGUACCUCCUGGCAAAAGUCGCGUUUCAACAAAUGUACGACGGCUUUUAAUCGGGUAGAACUGUUUAGUCCAUAGAACACCUGGAGGAUAAAAAAAUGUAUUUAUAAUGGGGCACAUCCUGGCAAAAGUCCUGUUUUUAUUUAUAGGUGGAGCUUAUUAGGCAUGGGUCUUCUGUUGGCUUCUUCUGUUUCUCGAAAAACUCCUGAAAAGACACAGCUCCGAGCAUAUGAACGACUUUCAGACUGUGAUAGAUGUUGUACAGAUCACAUAAGUCUAAUCGGAGAAAAUACGCUUUGUGGUGCGUUUCAUCGGGUUUUUAAUGGGGUACAUCCUGGCAAAAGUAUUGUUUUUAUUUAUAGGUGGAGCUUAUCAGGAUGAGUCUUCUGUUGGCUUCUUCUGUUUCUCGAAAACUCCUGAAAAGACACAGCUCAGAAGAUCAGAACAGCGUUCAAACUGUGAUAAAUGUUGUACAGAUCACAUAAGUCUAAUCAGAGAGAGAAGACGCCUGCUGACACGUUUCGUCAAAUGUACGAUGGCUUUUAUUGGGUGGAACUGUUUAGUCCAUAGAACACUUGGAGGAUAAAAAAUUUGUUUAUAAUGGGGGACAUCCUGGCAAAAGUCCUGUUUUUAUUCAUAGGACGAGCUUGUUAGGCACGAGUCUUCUGUUGGCUUCUUCUGUUUCUCGAAAACCCCUGAAAAGACACAGCUCUGAGCAUCUGAACGACUUUCAGACUGUGAUAGAUGUUGUACAGAUCACAUAAGUCUAAUCGGAGAAAAGACGCCUUCUGGUGCUUUUCGACAAAUUACGACGGCUUUUAUUGGGUUUAUAAUGGGGUACCUCCUGGCAAAAGUCGCGUUUCAACAAAUGUACGACGGCUUUUAAUCGGGUAGAACUGUUUAGUCCAUAGAACACCUGGAGGAUAAAAAAAUUAAUUUAUAAUGGGGCACAUCCUGGCAAAAGUCCUGUUUUUAUUUAUAGGUGGAGCUUAUCAGGAUGAGUCUUCUGUUGGCUUCUUCUGUUUCUCGAAAACUCCAAAUGGUGGGAGUUACCGAACAUAAAGACGUUACAAUCUGCGUGGGAUAAUAAAGAAAUGAGUCCGUUGUAUAUUGAAGAUGAUAUCAGUGUUAUAAAUCGAAUAAAAGAGAAAUACAUGAAGCACAAUAGAGCUCACGUUUCCCCUCCCGUAGUUCCAGCCUCACAUCCAUAUUACAUCCCUGAAAUAAUCCUCUACAUGUAUGAAUGCUGUAAGUGGGCGGAGUUACAUGUAUUUGACAUUCUAUACGUAGAAAAUUGACCAGCAAAGUUCAAUAAGAAACAUCUGAACAAAUUAUAUGGACAUGUAUGACUUUGUUUUUCCAUCACAAUGAUGGCGGUAAUCGUAGAGGACUACAAAGUUAGGAAGCUGAUGACAGUCUACUGUAGGUACCGUGCGUUGCCGGUAGGUGCUAUUCUCUAUCAGCAUUGACGGUGCUUGUCGGGUAUUUGUAAUUUUACUAGUAAUAAUAAACAAAAACAAUAUAUGAAUGAAAAAAGUCCAAUGAGAUUUUAAAAUUCCAGCCACAUGGCUAAAAUAACGACCCUUCUACCCUUGUAUUAAAGCUUUGUGAAUUGAGCUUCAUGUGUUGUAUUUCAAUGUUCAGUUUGUUUUCCAUUGUAUCACAUUUAUAAAUACUAAAGCUCUAUCAAUCUGUU